AGUUUCUUGUUAACGUUCCUACACUGAAAGAUGUCUAAAUUAUUAGUAUUUGUUUUAAGACUAAAAAGCCCAUUGCAGCUUAGAAAUAUUCUAAAUAACCUUCUCACGGCAAGAGGCAUUAACUAUUCCCUGGGUACUCUUCACAAACAUCACACUAACUUCUCUGCAGAGCUGGAAAAGACCAUCCAAUCUGAAACCAAUUUUAAGAAUAUCUGUCACCUUAAGAAGUAUGUCCGAAAGCAUACUAAAUGGCAUCGAGAAAAUGACUGUACCAAUCUGCAUUACUUCAACUAUUUGCUGCUAGAUCCUCGAGUAACAAAUAACUUGAGGGAGCGAGCCAGUAGCCUUCAUCUGAUGGAUGUUUGGUACACCUUCCUAAGAGCAAUUUUCUAUGUUGGAAAAGGAAAAGCUAACCGUCCCUAUGUUCAUUUAAAAAGAGCACAUAAAUUGCUGAAUGAAACUAAUAGCAUAACGUUAGCCAAGGACCCGAAAUUGGCCCUAAUAGUAUCCAUCUGGAGGGCUAAACGUGGAAUCUUACUAAUGCGUGCUUUUCGAAGAAUUUCGUCACCAGAUGCGGAAACUCGUGAGGCAUCUAUUAUUGAUGCUCUCGGUAUGAAUCACUUGACCAACCGGCGAUUGGGUGUUUAUUGUGGUCAAGCUCGAAGUAGUUUAUCCAAUAAAGAGCGAAAGUAUUUAGGAAUAGCUCUGCUUUACAAACUAAUGCAGAAGUUUCUUGAGACUGAAGAGAGGGAACUUUAUCCUUUACCGAAUACCAAAAGUGUUGACUUCAAGGUUGCAAUGGAAGCUUAAUUGAACUUAAAAUAUAUAUAUACUUAGUAAAUUUUGUAAAAUUUUGGUUUGUAUU